AUGGAGCAAGUAUUUAAAAACGGGGGGAUCAAAACACUAAAAAAAUCCCUCACCAAUUAUCCACGUAAAAGGCAAACAAACACCGGUCCCACACCCCAACCCAUCCACUCUGGUCAUCAUACUCGCACUCCCAUUUCAUUCUUAUCCUAUAAAACCUCCUCCUCAACUUCACAAAAAAAAACCCCAACUUUUCUCACAUCAUCACUCCACUUUCUCUCUCCUCCUUCACUCUCACUCAAGCUCUCAUCAAUGGCGGCCACUCCAACUCCUCCCCCUCCUCAAUCCCUAACCCGCGAUCAAUCCCUCUACCUCGCCAAACUCGCCGAACAAGCCGAACGUUACGAAGAAAUGGUCACUUUUAUGGACAAUCUCGUCACCUCCUCCGCCGACGUCGAACUCACCGUCGAAGAACGUAACCUUCUUUCCGUCGCUUACAAAAACGUCAUCGGAUCUCUUCGCGCUGCUUGGAGAAUCGUGUCGUCGAUUGAGCAGAAGGAGGAGAGUCGUCGGAAUGAUGAUCAUGUUCCUCUUGUUAAAUCUUAUCGUUGUAAAGUUGAAUCGGAGUUGUCCGAUGUUUGCGCUUCGAUUUUUAAGUUGUUGGAUAAUUAUCUGAUUCCGUCGGCUACUGCGACGGAAUCUAAGGUGUUUUAUUUGAAGAUGAAGGGUGAUUAUCAUCGCUAUUUGGCUGAGUUUUUGUCGGGUGAUGAAAGGAAGAAAGCUGCUGAAGAAACUAUGGUUGCUUAUAAGGCUGCUCAGGAUAUUGCUCUGGCUGAUCUUGCUCCAACACACCCUAUCAGAUUGGGGUUGGCACUGAAUUUCUCUGUGUUCUACUUUGAGAUACUUAAUUCAGCAGAAAAGGCUUGUAGUUUGGCAAAACAGGCCUUUGAGGAAGCCAUAGCUGAGCUUGAUACUUUGGGUGAAGAAUCCUACAAAGACAGUACACUCAUAAUGCAACUAUUGCGGGAUAAUCUCACUCUUUGGACAUCAGAUAUGCAGGACCAAAUGGACGAGGCAUAGAUGGGUAAACUCACAACUCUGCUCCUUGAAGGAGGUGGGCUUGAAUGUCAUUGAUUUCCUGUUAUCUGGACAAAUAUUUAUGCACAGAACCUUUGUAAAUGGAAAUUGUAUGAUUAUCCAGUCAACUUUUUUUCUUUUUUUUUUUUAAUUAGUUUUGAUGGCAGUUUUCAUGGGUAAAUAAUUUUAGAGACAACUGUUGUAUUAAGCUCCAAUACCGCAUGAUAAUUGUCUUCUAAUUGUAAUCUUAAAGCAUAAUCUUUAUAAGACUUGGAAUGUACCCUUUUCGUUCUCACCA